CCGGUUUUGCGCCGGCGGCAAGAUGGCGGUUUUCAGAAGUUGGCGAUGGCUGCCAGGGGCUCGAUGGGGGCAGUUCAUUCACAGCGAGGCCUCCGCGGCGCCUUCUGACGAGCCCGCCGCUUCUCUUUAUCCGCCCGUGGUGGCUUCCCUUACCGCCAAGAGUAAAAUAGCCAAACUCCGGCGCCGGGAGGAAUACUAUAAAAGUAUUCACAACGCGCCUACGGUGGAGGAGAAAUUGGCGAUCUACGGGAAACGGCUGCGCCGCAAGUACGUGGUCUACCCGCAGACGUGGGCCUUAAAUGCAGACCGCUGGUACCAACAUUUCACGAAGACCGUCUUUGUGCCAGGGCUGCCCGCUUCGGUGUCAGUCAGCCAAGAAGACCAGAAAGACGGUUUGGAUUUGGCUGAGCUCCGCUCCCUUGUAUGCGAAGUGCUCCUUCAGGAGUAUUAUUACCAGCGCAAGAAGCGCCCCAAACUCUUCCGCAGCAGCGACCAGGGACCAGCGCCUUUCAUCACCCAACUGGUGCCAAAGCUUGCAGCCCACCUGGCUUGUCUCAACCCAGCGCUGGGUUCCUCUUCCGUCGUAGACUUUCAGCCAGAUGUACAUUUCUACUGGUUGCGUGGGGAGACAGUAGUUCCCCGAGGACACCGGCGAGGCAGGAUUGACCCGUUCAGAUUUCAGAUUGAUGAUAAGCCACGCUGUCAGAUUCGUUUAAGAAAACAACUUUCAGAGUUUGAGCCUCUUGAUUACCUGGGCCCUGGAGAUAUUCCUGUUAUCCAGCAUUUACCUGAUAAACUUCCAUUGUUCAAACGACAAUAUGAGAACAAAAUAUUUAUAGGUUCUCAAAUAUCAGAUCCAUGCUGCUAUGGGCACACCCAAUUUCAUUUGCUUCCUGACAGGGUGAAAAGAGAAAGACUGAUAAAAUUGAAUCUCACUGAUCAGAUUGAUGUUCCAUAUCGAGCCAAUGCAAUUGCAAGUCUCUUUGCGUGGACUGGAGCACAAGCAAUGUAUCAAGGAUUCUGGAGUGAGGACGAUGUGACUCGACCCUUUGUAUCCCAGGCUGUGAUUUUUGAAGGAAGAUACUUCGCUUUUUUUUGUUACCAGCUAAACACCUUGGCUUUAACUGUUGAGGCUGACCAAAAUAAUUCAAGAAGGAACAUUUGUUGGGGCACUGAAAGUAAGCCCUUGUACGAAUCAAUAGAAAAUAAUGAUGUGAAAGGUUUUAACGAUGAAGUCCUAACACAGCUUGUUAAAUUUCUGUUAAACAAACCAAAGGAAUUAUGAUAAUCUGAUUAUUCUGAAAAUACUGAAAUAAAAGUGUGUGUUUUAACAUGUUAAAAGUGGAACUGUUGAGUUAUAGUCUUAUAUAAAAUUACUGGGAUAUACAAGAGUUGUACAGGAGUGUUGCUGAUGCUGUAUAAAUGAAAUUUUAAGGUAAAUAUCUUCUUUGUGUGGUAAAUUAUUUUAGAUGAUUUUCUUUUCUACAGGAAGACACAAAUUCACAAUUGUUAAACAUCCAAUAAAGCUUAAUAUUCCAAUAAUGUAUUAUUAUUAUGUUCAUUGCACAGUCAGCCGGAUAUUUAUACUGGAUUAGGUAGUUCCAAGCAGGGUGGGUUUUUUUUUUUGUAAAAUUAGGGUGCUCAGUCCAGAUACAUUCUAUAUUUCCAGAUAUUGAAGAAGUCCUUUAGGUACACCAAGAGCUCCAAUCAUUGUAGGUCAUAACAAUGGAUUUCUUUUUUCAUAAGCAUUCAAUUUUGAUUUUAGCAACCUCAAUGUAUCAGAUGUUCUUCUUUUCAAUAAGUUAUGUCAGGCAUGUUAUAAACAAGAUGCAUAGCAUCCCAUAAGAUCUGAAUCUGCUUAUUUUCUAAAACCUCUACUUGAUGAUCCCAGUAUUUUUUAGCACAUUCAAAUCCGAACCUCUGGCAAAGUUUCCAAUGAAUAAUUCUGGCAACUCCGUCAUGAUGCUGCUUGUAGUCAGUUUCUGACACUUCACUGCAGCUACUGAUCAAAUGGUCAGUGGUUUCAUCCUUUUCACUACAAAAGCCACAUUUAGUGUUUGUUACAUGUUAAAUUUUUGCCUUCAAGCAAAUAGUUGGCAAAGCUUCCUGAGCCACUAAAAUAAAGCCUUCUGUUUUUUUAA